UGCUUCAACUGCUCGCUUGGGUUCUGUUCUCUUUGUUGCAUAUAUGAUUCUCUUCCCCUCCUUGAUCAAGGUAAUGUACUCGGCGUGACUAAUUUUGGAUCUCCGUUACAGUCAACUUGGCGGUGAGCACCAGGUGUUUGAUGUUUUGCCGCUGAGGAAAAGCUUUUCUAUAACCAGCUCCUGAUGAAGAAGCAACUGGCUCAAAUAUCCAAAUUUCAAUGUGGGUAUUGGAAUCUCUUCUGCCUGUAAACUUCUGAGGACUACAAUGGAUGCAGACAUUUUGAUAUCUUUGAGAUUAUUUGGGUUCAAAAUGAGUUGCUUUCCCAACAGACUCAGGUUGCACAAGCUGUCCCGGAAACUGAAGAUUCCAGGAUUGACACUACAACUGCAGAAGAAGCUGUCAGGAUUCGCUUCACAACUCUGGCUAUCAAGAGGGACCAAAAGCUGCCCAAAUGGGAAGAGCAUACUAUCAUUGCUCAAUCUAUUAGCCUCCAUGAUCCUGGCACUAUCCACGCGAAACCGGUCAGCAAUCGAUCGAAUGGAGUCGCCCCACGUCACCAUGUACCCCAACAGGGACACCACACCACUGGCAGCCUGUUGCUCACUCGGGCAAGCACACCUCAACGGAACAUUCAGCUCCGAACCAACAUCAAGCCGGUCGAACUCGUAGUAAUUCUGCCCUGCCA